AUGACAUUCGAUGAAAAUAACCGUGACGUAAUUGGCUACAUAUCUAAAAAUGAUCAUGCACAGCCAGGGACAGCUAAAGUCAAUAUCGACAACCUCUUGGUCCUCAAGCCAGUCUCCCUUCUCAUCAUGGCGCCCAUUCCCAUAACCAUCAUCACCGGUUUCUUAGGCUCCGGCAAAACCACUCUCCUCCUCAACCUCCUUCCACAACUCCGCGCCCAAAACCCGGCCUACAAGCUCGCUCUUCUCAAGAACGAAUUCGGCGAUGUAGCUAUCGACAGCCAACUCGCCUCGUCCUCCUCUAUAUCUGGCGUCCGCGAGCUCCUGAAUGGCUGCAUCUGCUGCAAUCUCGUCGGCCAGCUCGAUACCGCCCUAGAAGAGCUCCGCAGCACCAUCACUCCCGAUCGAAUCGUUGUCGAAACCAGCGGUAGCGCGUUCCCGGCCACGUUGGCGAUGGAGGUCAAUCGACUCGCGAGGGAGACAAAUGGCGGUUAUGUGCUGGAUGGCGUUGUUACUGUCAUAGAUGUUGAGAAUUGGAAGGGGUAUGAGGAUACCAGCUAUACGGCCAAGAUCCAGGCGCGGUACACGGAUCUGAUUGUUUUAAAUAAAUGGGAACAGGUCGGCGAGAGAAGGUUGGAUGAGUGUCUGGAUCGUGUAGGCGACUUGGAGGUCCAUAUCGCGACCGUGAAAAGUGACAAAGGCAAGGUGCCUGUUGAUUUGGUAUUUGGUGUCGAUGGCGCGUUGGCAAGAAGUUUGGAACCCGAUGUGAAAGAAAAUGGCCAUGACCACAACCUCGAUCACACUCACGAACACACCAAGACCCACCAAGGUGAAGUUGAAGUGCUCUCGAUUACAUUUGAAGCGGACGCCGGCGCGAAAAUAGAUACCUCGAAGCUAGCAAAACUUCUGAAAUCGGCACCGAAGGACGAGGUAUAUCGCAUUAAAGCUGUACUAGCCGCUUUGUCCCCAGUUCCCUCGCCUGAUGAGAAUACCGGUUAUUCAGACACGGAACCGGUCGACGCAGGACGUUACAUAUUAAAUUGGGCCUUUGGACGGUGGACAUGUACACCUAUGAACAGCACGGCUGACGAACACCAAUCGAGCAGUGGUGUAGUCUUACGAAUGACCAUGAUUCUUGCGAGAUAUGAAAGCAGUAAAUGGAAGAAGCGACUAGAAACAGCAGAUUUUUUCGCGUUAGACGGCGACCAGAAGGGCAGACUUGUGGUCGAGAAGAUCAUAUAA